GUGGCUCGGCUGGUCCCGCCGGCCCUUGUUGUGGCUGGGCGGCGGCGGCGGCCAGGGCUGCUCCGUCCUCGCCAUGGCGGCCUUCGGGGUCCUCAGCUACGAACACCGGCCUCUCAAGCGGCCGCGGCUGGGACCGCCGGAUGUGUACCCGCAAGACCCCAAGCAGAAGGAGGACGAACUCACAGCUCUCAACGUGAAGCAGGGUUUCAACAACCAGCCGGCCGUCUCCGGAGAUGAACAUGGAAGUGCCAAAAAUGUCAACUUUAACCCAGCCAAGAUAAGUUCCAACUUCAGUAGCAUCAUUGCAGAGAAGCUGCGCUGCAACACCCUGCCGGACACUGGCCGCCGAAAACCGCAGGUGAAUCAGAAGGAUAACUUCUGGCUGGUGACGGCCCGCUCCCAGAGCGCCAUCAACAACUGGUUCAACGAUCUCGCUGGGACCAAGCCCCUCACUCACCUGGCUAAGAAGGUGCCCAUUUUCAGCAAGAAGGAAGAGGUCUUUGGCUACCUCGCAAAGUAUACUGUGCCUGUAAUGAGAGCGGCCUGGCUGAUCAAGAUGACCUGCGCCUAUUAUGCAGCCAUUACAGAGACCAAGGUGAAGAAGCGACAUGUCGUCGACCCCUUCAGUGAAUGGACGCAGAUCAUCACCAAGUUCCUCUGGGAGCAGCUGCAGAAGAUCGCUGACUACCACCGGCAGCUGAUGGCGCAAAGCAGCUGCGGCUCUCCCUCCAAUCUCAUGCCCCAGGAAGUGGAGCAUUCGCUGAAGCAAUGGGACUACAAUGAGAAGCUGGCCAUGUUCAUGUUCCAGGAUGGGAUGUUGGACCGCCACGAGUUCUUGACCUGGGUGCUGGAGUGCUUUGAGAAGAUUCGGCCGGGCGAAGACGAGCUCCUGAAGCUUCUCUUGCCUCUGCUUCUGCAGUAUUCCGGGGAGUUCGUGCAGUCGGCCUACUUGUCCAGGCGCCUGGCCUACUUUUGCACCCGCAGGCUUGCCAUGCUGCUGGACAGCACCGGCGGGCACCAGGCACACCACCUGGCAGCACAAGCGGCCCCCCCACUCCCCUCCACGCCGACCCCCCAACCCGCGGCAGGCAACCCGCCCCCCAGUCCCUUCAGCGACCUGCUGCUGUGUCCUCAGCACCGGCCGGUGGUCUUUGGCCUCAGCUGCAUCCUUCAGAGCAUUGUUCUGUGUUGCCCCAGUGCGCUUGUCUGGCACUAUUCCCUCACUGACAGCAGGAUAAAGACUGGCUCCCCGCUGGACCACUUGCCCAUCGCUCCCUCUAACUUGCCCAUGCCUGGGGUCAACACGGGCUUCAUGCAGCAGGUCCGAGCGAAGCUCCGGGAGAUUGAGCAGCAGAUCAAGGAGAGGGGCCAGGCGGUGGAGGUGCGCUGGUCCUUUGACAAAUGCCAGGAAGCCACUGCAGGGUUCACGAUUGGCCGGGUGCUGCACACGUUGGAGGUCCUAGACAGCCAUAGUUUCGAAAGAUCGGACUUCAGCAACUCUUUGGACUCCCUAUACAAUCGGAUAUUUGGGGCAGGACCAAGCAAAGAUAGCCACGAGAUCUCCCCUGACGAUGAUGCCGUCGUGGCUCUUUUGUGCGAGUGGGCUGUCAGCCACAAGCGCUCUGGCCGCCAUCGGGCAAUGGUCGUGGCCAAGCUGCUGGAGAAGCGGCACUCAGAGAUCGAGGCAGAGGUGAGCUCCAUGGAAGAAGUUGACGGGGAUGAACCAGUAGUAAAAAGGAGCAGAAACCAGCGCUGCGGAGAUUCGGAAGUGGUGGAUGAAAAGGGCUCCAUUUCCUCGGGUUCUCUCUCGGCGGUCAACGCUCCCGUCUUCCAGGACGUCCUGAUGCAGUUUCUGGACACCCAGGCGCCCAUGCUAACCGACCAAACCAACGAGAAUGAGAAGGUGGAGUUUUUCAACUUGGUGCUGCUCUUCUGCGAACUGGUCCGCCACGACGUCUUCUCGCAUAAUAUGUACAUGUGCACGCUCAUCUCCCGCGGUGACCUGGCCAUCGACCACGGCCCCCGGCCCCCUUCGCCCUUCGAUGAUGCCGCCGAGGACCACGACCGGAAGGAAGGGGAGGGCAACAGUGGCAUCAAGCUGGAGGACACGGGCCUAUCAGAGUGCCAGAUGGACAUUGACCACAACUCCAGUGCCAUUUUUGACGACAUGGAGAAGACAGAUUUCUCGAUGUUCUCCCCUCCCAUGCACUGUGAGUCCAAGGCCAGCCCUUCCCCUGAGAAGCUGGACCCGGAGAAGGAGAGCAAGCUGCUGCUGCUGAAGGACAGGGCCGCGGAUGGCUUGUUGGCCUCGCUCUACGACCAGCCUCGGCACAUCCAAUACUCGACGCACUUGCCCAUCCCUCAGGAGGAGUCCAGUAGCCACGAAUGCAACCAGAGGCUGGUGGUCCUCUUUGGAGUUGGGAAGCAGCGGGACGAUGCCCGGCAUGCCAUCAAGAGGAUCACCAAAGACAUCCUGAAGGUGUUGAACAGGAAGAGCACAGCCGAGACAGGAGGGGAGGAAGGGCAGAAGAGGAAAAGGAACAAGCCGGAGGCCUUCCCGACAGCCGAGGACAUCUUUGCCAAGUUCCAGCACCUUUCUCAUUUCGACCAGCACCUUGUUACCUCUCAGGUAUCGCGCAACGUUUUGGAGCAGAUCACCAGCUUUGCCUUAGGGAUGUCCUACCACCUGCCUCUGGUGCAGCACGUCCAGUUCAUCUUUGACCUGAUGGAAUAUUCGCUCAACAUCAGCGGGCUCAUCGACUUCGCCAUCCAGUUGCUGAAUGAGCUGAGCGUGGUAGAAGCUGAGCUGCUGCUGAAGUCCUCCGAUCUGGUGGGCAGCUACACCACCAGCCUGUGCCUCUGCAUCGUGGCCGUCCUACGGCACUAUCAUUCCUGCCUUAUCCUCAACCAGGACCAGAUGGCCCAAGUCUUCGAAGGGUUGUGUGGGGUGGUGAAGCAUGGCAUGAAUCGCUCCGAUGGCUCUUCGGCCGAGCGCUGCAUCCUGGCCUACCUCUACGACCUGUACACAUCCUGCAGCCACCUCAAGAGCAAAUUCGGAGAGCUCUUCAGCGACUUCUGCUCCAAGGUGAAGAAUACCAUCUACUGCAACGUGGAGCCCUCCGACUCCAACAUGCUCUGGGAGCCCCUCUUCAUGAUCGACACCAUUGAGAACCCCUCAGCCCACAACUUCACCUACACCAACCUGGGCAAGAGCCUCACCGACAACCCAGCCAACCGCUACAGCUUCGUGUGUAAUGCCCUGAUGCACGUCUGCGUGGGGCACCACGACCCGGACCGGGUCAACGACAUUGCGAUCCUUUGUGCCGAACUCACUGGUUACUGCAAGUUGCUGAGCGCAGAGUGGCUGGGCGUCCUGAAAGCCCUAUGCUGCUCCUCCAACAAUGGGACAUGCGGCUUCAACGACCUCCUCUGCAAUGUGGACGUGAGUGACUUGUCCUUCCAUGACUCCCUUGCCACGUUUGUGGCCAUCCUCAUUGCCCGCCAGUGUCUCCUCCUCGAGGACCUCAUCCGCUGUGCUGCCAUCCCCUCCCUGCUCAACGCCGCUUGCAGUGAACAGGACUCUGAGCCCGGUGCCCGCCUGACUUGCCGGAUCUUGCUGCACCUUUUCAAGACCCCUCAGCUGAAUCCCUGCCAGCAAGACAGCAGCAAGCCAUUGGUGGGCAUCCGCUCCUCAUGCGACCGGCACUUGUUGGCCGCAUCUCAGAAUCGGAUUGUGGACGGAGCCGUCUUUGCCGUCCUGAAGGCAGUCUUCGUUCUCGGUGAUGCUGAACUGAAGGGCUCUGGAUUUUCCCAUCCGGGAGGGGUUGACGAUCUCAUGGAAGACGACAAGAAGCCAGCCGGCCGCAUGGUCUCUAUUGAGACAGCCAGCCUGGAGGUUUACGCCAAAUACGUCCUGAGGAGCAUCUGCCAGCAGGAGUGGGUGGGCGAGCGCUGCCUGAAGUCCCUGUGUGAAGACAGCAACGACCUGCAGGACCCGGUCUUGAGCAGCACCCAGGCCCAGCGGCUGAUGCAGCUCAUCUGCUAUCCGCACCGGCUGCUGGACAAUGAGGAGGGCGAGAACCCCCAACGGCAAAGGAUCAAGCGCAUCCUACAGAACCUGGACCAAUGGACGAUGCGGCAGUCUCUGCUUGAGCUGCAGCUGAUGAUCAAGCAGACAGCAAGCAAUCAAGAAAUGAACUCCUUGCUGGAGAACAUUGCCAAGGCCACUAUCGAAGUCUUCCAACAGUCUGCUGAGACCAACUCUGCCAGCAACGGCAUCGUCAACCUGGGCGGCUCCACCAGCCUCGGCCCGGCCAACACCAAGGCCAAACCCAUCCUCAGUUCCCUGGAAAGGUCAGGCGUGUGGCUGGUCGCUCCACUCAUCGCCAAGCUUCCAACCUCGGUCCAGGGCUACGUCCUGAAGGCGGCUGGGGAUGAGCUGGAGAAAGGGCAGCACUUGGGGUCCUCAUCCCGCAAAGAGCGGGACCGCCAGAAGCAAAAGAGUAUGUCCCUCCUGAGCCAGCAGCCUUUCCUGUCUCUGGUGUUGACCUGCCUGAAGGGCCAAGAUGAGCAGCGUGAGGGCCUCCUCACCUCCCUCUACAGCCAGGUCCAGCAGAUUGUGACCAACUGGCGAGAAGACCAGUACCAGGACGACUGCAAAGCCAAGCAGUUGAUGCAUGAGGCACUCAAGCUGCGGCUCAAUCUGGUGGGCGGCAUGUUUGACACUGUCCAGCGCAGCACCCAGCAGACCACUGAGUGGGCCGUGCUCCUCCUGGACAUCAUCAGCAGUGGCACCGUGGACAUGCAGUCCAACAACGAGCUCUUCACCACCGUCUUGGAUAUGCUGAGUGUCCUCAUCAAUGGGACGUUGGCGGCGGACAUGUCCAGCAUCUCCCAAGGCAGCAUGGAGGAGAACAAGAGGGCCUACAUGAACCUGGUCAAGAAGCUCCGGAAGGAGCUGGGCGACCGCCAGUCGGAGAGCCUGGAGAAGGUGCGGCAGCUGCUCCCACUGCCCAAACAGACCCGGGACGUCAUCACCUGUGAGCCUCAGGGCUCCCUGAUCGACACCAAAGGCAACAAGAUCGCCGGGUUUGAUUCCAUCUUCAAAAAGGAGGGCUUGCAGGUGUCUACCAAGCAGAAGAUCUCCCCCUGGGACCUCUUUGAAGGCCUGAAGCAUUCUGCCCCGCUCUCCUGGGGCUGGUUUGGGACGGUGCGAGUGGACCGGAAGGUGUCCCGCUUUGAGGAGCAGCAGCGGCUACUCUUGUACCACACGCACCUGAAGCCCAAGCCCCGCAGCUACUACCUGGAGCCGUUGCCACUGCCCCCCGAGGAGGAGGAGCCCCCCACUCCGGUGGCCAUGGAGCCUGAGAAGAAGGUAGCUGAGCCGGCCAAGGUGGAGAAAGCCAGCGCCAACACCGCCAGCUCUGCUGCGGAGCCCAAGAAGAAGGCCAGCAAGAACAAGAAGCGGGCUCAGCCCACCAACAAGAAUGAGGACUACAUGAUGACUGCAGGACGUGGGGUUCCUUACGGGGGCGGCAUGCCGGCGGACCUCCUACACCAUCAGACGGCAAACUCCAUGUCGCGGUUGGCUUAUGGGCAGUCGCCGGUGGGACUCUACACUCAGAACCAGCCCUUGCCGGCAGGCGGCCCUCGGCUGGACACUUCCUACCGGCCGGUGCGCAUGCCGCAGAUUGGCAAGCUGGUACCAAGCCGGCCUCCUUACACGGGGGUUCUGCCCACCAGCAUGAGCAGCAUGAUGGGAAUCGACCCAGCCUACAAGUCUUCCAUCUACCGGCAGCAGCAGCCGCCCGUGCCGCAAGGGCAGCUCCUGCGACAGCAACUCCAGGCCAAGCUGCAGGGCCAGGGGAUGGUGGCGCAACCCUUGCGGCAGAUGGCUCCCGCCCCAUCUUAUGCAGCUGUGCAGCCAUCACAGGGCUACACCCCCUACGUCUCCCACAUCGGUCUCCAGCAGCACCCCUCCCAGUCCGGCGCCAUGGUGCCCCCCUCCUACUCCAGCCAGACCUACCAGAAUGCACACCCCGGCUCCAACCCGACCUUCGUGGACCCCACCAGGCCCAUGCAGCGGCCCAGCGGCUACGUCCACCAGCAGGCCCCGGGCUACGUCCACAGCUUGAGCGCCGCACAGAGGUUUUCCCAUCAGUCGAUGCAGCCGGCCCCCAUGAUGAGCGGGGUGAACCACAUGGGUGCCCAAGGGGUCCCGGCAGGCAUCCGGCCCAGCCAGCUCCUCUCGGACCAGCAGCAGCAGCAAUACCUGAGGCAGCAGCAACAGCAGCAGCAGAUGCUCAGGCAACAGCAGCAGCAGCAGCAGCCCCCUCCGCAGCCGCAGCCCCCUCCACAGCAGCCCCAGCCGCAGCCCCAGGUCCCCAGCGUCCCCCAACCCCAAGCGCAGGGCCAGCCCCCGGGACUCGGCAUGCAGGCCCUGGCUCCCCAGCAGCCCAUGUUCCAGCGGCAAGGCCUCCAGCAGACGCAGCAGCAGCAGCAGACGGCAGCCCUGGUCCGGCAGCUCCAGCAGCAGCUUUCGAAUACGCAGCCCCAGCAGAACAGCAACCCUUUCGGACGGUAUUGAUGCCCAGCAAGGGAGGACCGGCGGCCAUGACAGUGGGCUUGAGGAGGCCUCUCCCUGUGGCUAUGGCUGGAGAAUGGGGCUCG